UGCCAUUGGAUUAGAUCGUUGUCAAUAAACUACGCUCUUAAAGCGCGAAGGGGACCCACCGUUUUUCUUGCAGCAGGAGAGACGCCACGACUUUGCGCUGUUUAUGGUGGGAGGAAUUUGGAAGACACCCCCAGUUUGCGUAGUGGAUACCUGUGCAGUGACGUGUUAUGCAAAACAAAGGCUUUCGAACAUAACACUACACACUUCCUGAAAACCUCAUUCAGCCCAAACAGGAAUUCCAGAGCCUUGGGCAGAACAAAGAGAAAAGUCAAAGCCAGAAAGACAAUCUGUUCAUUUAGGCGAGUUGCUCUCCUUGAAGUUUUAGUGCUGGAAAAAUGCCUCCCCCUCAGGUGAACAAACCCAGGUCUGAAAUGACCAUAAAAGAAAAAGCAGGCACUCUUGACAUGCCUCUGAAUUUCUUGGGUCAAGACUACCAGGAGUUGCUGAAGAGCUGCAUCACCAACAGGAUGAGAUUUGUUGAUGACAGGUUUCCUCCAGACAGCAGCUCUAUUGACCCAAAUAACAAACUUGGACUGGAUAUGGACCAAAUCCAGUGGCUGAGGCCAUCAAAAAUAGUGGCAGACCCUCAGUUCAUUGUAAAGGGAGUUUCCAGAUUCGACUAUUCCCAAGGAUCUUUUUUAGGAAACUGCUGGUUUCUUGCUUCAGUUGGGGCUUUAACCUUUCAAAAAGAUGUCUUGUACCAAGUUAUGCCAGAAGGCCAGUCAUUUGGUAAAGAUUAUGCAGGAAUAUUUCACUUCAGAUUCUGGCGGUUUGGGAAAUGGAUCGAUGUCGUCAUUGAUGACAAACUGCCGACUAUUAAGGGUGACUUAAUUUUUGUUCAUUCCAAAACAUCAAAUGAGUUUUGGCCUGCCUUACUGGAGAAAGCUUAUGCCAAGGUGUGCGGCUCCUAUUCUGACAUGGACGCUGGUGUUGUAUCCGAGGCUCUGCUGGACUUCACCGGUGGCAUCCAUGUGCGUUUUGAACUCGAAAAACCUCCCCUAGAUUUGUGGAGCUUGAUGGACCGAGCUGCCAAAUGCAAGGCCCUGAUGGCUUGUGGCACUUAUCCAGGGAAAACAUCUGCAAAUACAGAAUUAUCUAAUGGCAUUGUUCAAGGACACGCAUAUUCAGUGACAGGGAUUUUCAAGGUAACAUGGCAAGGAACACCAGUAAGGCUGGUGAGAGUGUUGAACCCAUGGGGAAAACGCGAGUGGACUGGUGCCUGGUGUGACAAGUCAACAUUGUGGAACAAAGUGAGCGAGAGUGAGCGAACAAAGUGUUGGUCUUUGGCCAAUGAUGGUGAAUUCUGGAUGUCAAUGGAGGAUUUCUCCAAAAACUUCGAAGAGGUUGAUAUUUGCUGCUUCAGUCCUGAUUUUCUGGACAAUUCCUCUAAAUGUAGCUGGACAACUGUACGCUACAAUGGCAGCUGGGAAGCUGGAAAAACAGCUGGCGGCUGUCUCAAUUACAAAGAGUCUUUCUGGACAAACCCUCAGUUUCGAGUGACCAUUGAGAAGCUUGACGAGGAAUGUUCUAGUUCCCAGUGCCCCGAAAAUAUACUGGUGUCCCUCUUGCAGAUCCAUGAAGACAGACACAGAAGUCGUGUUAAAAACUGCUCCAUCGGCUUCUGUGUUUUUGCGAUACCACCAGAGAUGAAAGAUGAAAGGUUUCCAGCAAGCUUCUUCUCUCAUAGACGUACCGUGGCAGAAAGUGAGGCCUUCGUCAAUUCGAGACAUGUGAUGAAAUUCUUCAAGCUGGAGCCAGGAGAGUAUCUCAUCGUGCCGACCACUUUCAAACCAAAUGAGAGCGCAAAAUUCAUGCUGUCCAUCUUCUCAAAGAGUGAAUCCCACAGGAAAAGCAGGAAACCGGAGAUGACGUAUGUGUGAGAUGAUUAUAUCAAUGGUGAAACAGUGGAAAGUCUAAUGAAAAAACUGACCAUAUUGUUUGUCUAUACUGUGGACAUUUCCUUUUAUUGUUAUUAUUAUUUUUUUUUUAUUUAAAGGUUCCGUGAAGUGCUUUGAAAAGUGCAGAUUUUUUUGAAUGUAUGACGUAAUCUUAAAGUUAAACUUAAAGGUGCAGUAGGUGUUCUGCCAGAAUGCUAGCAUUAGCAUAAUAGCUUAGAAAUUUUACAACCCUCCCCUGCCGUCCAAAGCCAUGCCUCCUUAAGUCAUGAAAGUGCACUGAUUAGAUAUAACACUAGAUCAUGCCAUUCACCAGUUAGAAAACAUUGGGGAGUUGACAGGCCAGUGGGUGGAGGAAUUAUAUUUCCCCAAAACUUUCACAGGCUGUCACUGUUCAAAAAUGGAUGAAUGUGUGAAUAUAAAUCAAACUUCACUUCAGUAAAGCUGGUUAAGAGGAAGAGCACUAUUGCCUUGUUAUUAAACUAAAUAAAAAUGAGAUCAGAAAAAAGUAGGGCUAAAAACAGAAAUAUCCUGUCAUCUUUUUACAUGACGCUUACGUUUACGUUACCAAGACUUUUCAUAUUCAGUGACUUUUCAUUCUCAACUGUGAUUGCUGGUCUUCGUACAUCGCUUGUUUUCAGCUCCAUUUUCACUUGGACAACUUAUCGAAUGCUUAUGUCUAUUUAACCGACUAUAUUAUCGAUGCUGUAAAUGGUACUCCAUGAACUUGAAAAUAGCCAAUCUUUUGCCGGACAUUUUAGUGGCUGAAUAACACUUCUGUGCAUAUAAACCCCUUCAUAAACAAGAACACAAUGUACAUAAGCUUUGCGUGGCUAUAAUAGUUUUAAAACAUACCUGUCUAAAAGAAAUACUUUAGCCGCGGUGUCACCCUUCUGAUCGUUGUUUUGAACUGCAUAUCGCCAUUGCCUUCCAGCGUGCAAAAGUAAUUCUGAUACUAAAUCAAUUAUUUAAUUGGAUGAACAUUUUUUUUGUUUUAUGCCUCAUCCAGAAUAUAAAAAUACAUAUAAAUACAUUUAGAUUAUUUACUUUAAUCAAUACUACUGGAAUGUAAAGAGACUUUCAACCAUCACAACAAAAAAAUGUUUCUGAAGACAAUUACCUACUGCACCUUUUAAUAUUAGGGCAGGACAUAGAGUAGCUCCUCCUCUUUAAAAAGAGACUGACAGUGGUUGAGCUCAUGAGCAUCAAAUCAAAAGCAAAUGAGAAAGCAUUUGAUUGGUCAAGAUUUGAUGAGAAAAUGAAGUAUGAGGUGAAUAAAUAGUUGAUCCAUUUAGCUGAAAGUGAUGUUUAUGUCAGUUUUGUAUCUUCUAAACAGGAAUUUUGUCACCGUUUUGGAGCACUUGAGAUUAUAGAUAUCCUUAACUAAAACGUCUAAAAAUGUUAUUGUAAUUUCACGGGACCUUUAACUAUCAACCAGCUACCCUGGACCAAUCUAGAGCUAAAGUUCAUUAAAAAAGGUAAAUGUACGGUUUGCUCACCCUCAGGUGAUUCUUAAAUUUUAUGGGUUUCUUUUUUUUUCAGUUGAACACAAAAGAAGAUAGUUUAAAGAAUGUUAAGGCAGCACUUAUCAAUAAAGUUUCAUUAGUUAAUGUAUUUACAAACAUAAACUAAUAAUGAACAAUACUUAUACAGAAAUUAUUAAUUUGAUGCGUUACUAAAAUCCAAAUUUGUGCUUGUUAACAUUAGUUUAUGCACUGUGAGUUAACAUGAACUAACGAUUAAGCACUUUAUUUCCAUUAAUUAACAUUAACAACUAUGAAUACAUACUGUAUUAUUAAUGUAUCAUUCCCUGUUUUUUCAUGUUAGUAAAUACAUUAACUAACCUUCAACCUUGUUGUAAAGUGUUACUAGUGUUAGAAACCCAUUGAAUUCCUAAUAGAAAAAACAAAUACUUUGGAGGCCAAUAGUUACAGGUUUCUAAAACAUUUUUCAAAAUAACUUAUCUUGUGUUAGCAGUCUUUUGAAUCUAUGUAAACAAAAAAGAGGAGUAACCAAAAUGAUUAUACUUUUUUAUUCUACAUCAUUUUUUUAACUAUACUUUGUUCGUGUAAUAUAUGCCUCUGUGAUUGGUGAAAUGAAUGUUAUUAAUCACAUUUGUUGUUUAUUCAAUGUUUUAUCAUAUAUUUCAGUGCAUGGCCAGUCUGAAUUUUUAGAAGACUGUUUACAUUGUUAACAAAAUAAAUAAAUGCUUAUUGAAGUGUCACAA